AUGAACCCCUCCCUCCCACCCAAACCAACCUUCCCGCCACCCGGUCAAUCCUUCAUAGACCUCCACACCCUCAUCCUGCGCGACGAACGCUUCCCCGUCGUCGAAGAGAAAGAGGCGUAUAGACGGUACCUGUCCGUGUGGAAUAGGAAGGUGCGGUAUCCUGAUGGGCGGGUUAUUGACUGGGAUGUAGUUGGACAUGAUACGCCCAACCCGGCCUUUUCGGUCGUCUUCCCGUUCGAUACCCAAUCAAAAACAACGUGUCUGAUAAUCGAAUACGCACAAGGCACCAACGACCUCAAAUACACGUUUGCGGCGGGAGGUUUUGAUCAAAAGAAACAUCAGACGAUUCUGGAUACGUCAAAACAAGAACUCUCAGAAGAAAUGCGAUUAACAGGCGGAGAAUGGAUCUCCCUCUUACCACAGGAUCAUGACGGGAUUGGCGAGGUGAAAUGGUCACGAAACCGGUUUAUUCCGUUUUUGGUGCUUGACCCGGUGUAUGAUGAACAUCCGCGGGCGAGGGAUGCUGAAGAACUCAUCGAAAUCCGGCGCAACGUCGACAUCCGGGAUUUGAAAGAUAUCAUAUUACGCGGGGAGAUGAUGCUGCCGAGUGUGCAGACGGCAUGGAUGGGCUUGGAUUACUUGGAGAAGGGGGGGUUUUUGUAG